AUGGAUGAGUAUUUUGCCAAACUGGAAGCUGAGCAGUUUCCUCCGAUCAGAAACUCGGAACUGAGUGACGUCGACCUAUACCGAUACGACUCGGCCUGGGAGAAGGAUCCUCUUGUGGCCCUAAACGAUUUCUACCGUCUGGACAAGGUUCUCACCAGAGACCUCCUUUUCUUCUUGUCCAAAAGACGUUCUGAUGAACGGCAAGGCUGGGAAAGAAUCAUAGCUCCGUCGCCAGACACUAUCGUGGUUGACUUGCGCCAACCUGAGGACUUCGAGCAGUUCAGUCUGCCCGGAUCUGUGAACUUCCCGCUUAUUCAGUCAGACACUCCGAGCCCCUUCUCAGAUCCAAAGGUGUUGGCAUCGCUUUGGCGGGAGCUUGAGGCCAAGCUUAGCUCUGAGAACGAAGACAUCUGCUCUCAGCUCCGGAACAAGCUUUCACUCAUCAUUUGCUAUGAUGGAGACUCUGCCCGCGUUGCCACCAGUGUUCUACGCGCGAAGGGAUACGCCGCAGACAGUAUGAACGGCGGGAUUCGGGCCAUGCGCAAGGUGGCCUUGCAGUUGGAGGAUCCCUGCGGGGUGCCCAACUUUCCAGCUCAUCAUGGGCAGUCUGUGGGGUCUGUUUCCCACUAG